CUAAACGCAUGCAGCAGCGCAUUCUCCAUUUUCAAUUCGACAUUAAAUUUGCACAUUCAAAAUGAGCUGCCUUUUUUUAAAAAGAUUUGUUCGGUAACACAAGAGACAUAUAUCUGAAUUCGGAGGAAAUGAAGAACAUGGAUGUUUUAGAGCCCGGAAUCGAGCCCGGAAACGAACAGGAAAUCAGAUUAGUCUACACGAGCAAAGAACUGGAAGAUGGUCAUACACUUGGUUCUUAUAACAUACAAAAUGAGUCUACUCUUCAUCUAGUUAAACCUCUACGUGGUGGAGGUCCUCCUCCUAAAGAUAAAUAUGUAGGAUUGCCCAGGACUGAAUCUAUGGAAAUAUUAGCUCCAAUGCAACAGACUGAGCCAGAAUCCCAGUGGAUCAUGUUGGAUAUCAUAGUUCAGUGCUUUUUAGUACAGCAUCAUAUAAAUCCCAUACAUAUGUUCAUACUGUGAGCUCAUCAUUCAAAUUUACUAUUGUAAAAUACACUAUCACAUAAUCUUCUCUGAUUUCAGCUUUUAAAGUAAAAUAUUUCAUGACACAAGUGAAUUUAUAAUGGAAACCUUGUACAAAUAUGAAAAAUAGGAAACAGUAGGUCACAAUAAAUGACUCAACCAGACCAAAAACAUAUGUAAAGAAUCAGCAGUUAACAGAAUAACAACCCUUCAGUGCAGCGUCCAUAGAGAACACAGAUUCACACUGUCUCUGCAAAAGAUCUCAAUGAAGGCUGAUACUUCCAUUACUAGCAUUUCUCAUGUUAAUGCCUCUGAGACGAAUCACUUCUUGCUUCUGUAAUUGUAAGUCGCUUUAGAUAAAAGCGUCUGCUAAUAAAAGUAAAUGUACAUUUAGUAGAGAAUAUAUUCCAGCAGCUCAGACACUCUAUUGUAUAAGAAACUUUGCAACUACAUGUCAACUCAGAAUAUUAGUAGACUGGUUAAGAUGGGGUUGGUAAAAUAAGUUACUUAUAAUCAGUAGAAUGUCCAUCAAAGUGAAGGUGUCAGCAGAUAUGAAGAAGACAGUCUACUGAUACUCUAAUGACUGCGAGUUGACAUGGAGUGACUGAAAAGAAAAGUUGUUUCAGAGGUGAAGCCAGUUAAUAGUUUAUUAUGAAAGAUUAUGAAGACAAACAUUGUGCUUUUAUAUAAUAACAUAUCAAAAAGAGCAUUCCCUGUUAUAAAUACCCUUGUGUCACAAAAUAUUUUACUUAAAUGGCUGAAAUCAGAACAUACGACAUGAUAAUGAAUUUUACAGUACAGCAUAAUAUGAACAGUGUUUAGGGCUCCAUUAAUAGGGCUUUAUAGUUCCAAUAAUGCAGCAUCCAUUUAAUAAAAAUGGUAAUUUACACGACCGUUCAAAAGUUUGGGGUCAGUACAUUUUUAUUGUUUCUUUUUUUUUUUUUUUUUUAAAGAAAUUUAUACUUUUAUUCACCAAGGAUGUAUUAAGUUAAUAAUUAAACGUUUAUUAAAAGUUAAUAAUAAAUAAUUUACAUUGUUAUAAAAUAUUUAUAUUUUUAAUAAACACUGUACUUUUUAAACUUGUUAUUCAUGAAAGAAUCCUGAAAAAAAAUCACAGGUUCCAAAAAAUAUUUGUCAGCACAACUGUUGAUAUUAUCCAACAUUGAUCAUUCUAAUAAUAAAUCCGCAUAUUAGAAUGAUUUCUGAAGGAUCAUGUGACACUUAAGACUGGAGUAACAGCUGAUAAAAAUUCAGCUUUUCAUCACAGGAAUAAAUUCUAUUUUAAAGUAUGUUAAAAUAAAAAACAUUAUUUUAUAUUGUAAAAACAUUUUGCAAUAUUACUGUUUUUUUCUAUAUUUUUAAUCAAAUAAAUGCAGCCUUGAUGAGCAUAAGAGACUUCUUUAAAGACUAUUUCAAGUCUUACUGACCCCAAACUUUUGAACGGUAGUGUACACUCAAUAUGUUAUUAUUGCAUACAGUUUUAUAAUGUACUACAAUAAUGAGGUGCAGAUGUCUGCCACUAUUAGCAAUAAACAUAAACAGCUCUAACUAUUAGCCCAUUUAAACUUUUUUGCAAAGAUUCUGCUGUUUUUACAUAGUGUGAAUAGACAUCUAUCGUUAUUUGCGCCAAAGACUUUAUAUAGGAAGACUGUGCACUCUUAUUUUUUAUGAAUGGGAGAAAGUGUAACUCCCAAUAUGGCGAAUAAGCCCCGCCUUCUACAUGAAAGAACCAAUCCUUGAUUAGUAAAGUCAUUGUGCGUCAUUACAGCUGCCGUUAGAAACUGCGCAUGUGCGUUGAUUGGUCUCGCAUCAAAAACAACACUACUGGAGCAUAAGGAACACAAUUUAUGAGGCAGUUGUGGUCAGAUUUCAUUGGUGAUUUCAAAUAUGAAAUUCAGUCGUAAGCUUGGCGAACAGUUUUGGAGUAUUUGAUGUUUCCUCAUUCACCGAGAGACGUUUCAAAGAUGGCCGCCAAGGGAAAUGACUUGUCUUGUUUGCACUUAGCAUAUCACUAAAACAUACCUCUAUCUUCACAUGGUGUAAA